CGAGAUUUGUUUGGUAUAAUCACUGUUUAAGUUUUCUGUGCUUGUACAACAUCAAUAUGAAGGUUCUCAUUAUCUUAUUCGUGGUUAUUGCUGCCGCUAUGGCUAGUUACGGACCUGGUGGUCACGGAGGCGGUGGUUACGGAGGCGGUGGUUACGGAGGUGAUGAAGACGGUGAUUACGGAGGUCACGAAGGCGGUGGUUACGGAGGUCACAGAGGCACACACGGAGGUGGUGGUCACAAUAGAGGUCGUAUACAUGUCUACCAAAAUUUCAUCCUUCCACAAGAAGAAAAAGAUAUCCUCCAUAAUUAUCAUCUUCAGUGUCAAAGACAAAGUAAAUGCGGUAUGGAAUACAUCAGAAGCCCCCACCAAUACGAAGACUACGAGCCUUUGGGAAAAUACAUGUUGUGUGUUUGUCAGAAAUAUGGAUUCAUGUACCCUAAUGGACGUUUCAACUAUGACAUGCUAAGUCGCAAACUUGGAUUGGUCUGUACUGACGAAGAUCCUGAGGUUUACAUUGAUGGUUGUGCUGUUCCUUCCGCUAACCCCUAUUCCACUGCUGUCAAAUUGAUAAACUGUUUGGACGACUACGGAUUCCACUACCUUGACCAAUGUGUCUACUAAGUUUUUUAUAUUCUAUUGUUUUGGAUUUCAUGAAAUAAAAUUAUAUAUAAUGUUGGUGAACGCAGUAUAAAUAAAAAAUAUGAAAAAUAA